AUGGCAGACAUGAAGUCUGGCUUGCGGGCUGCAGACAACGAUCCCACAGCUCCUCCGUACGACUCUCUGCUGGUGUUCGACUACGAGGGCAGCGGUUCUACUGCGGGCUCCGUCAGCUCGCUCAACUCCAGCAGCUCGGGCGAACAGGACUAUGACUACCUCAACGACUGGGGCCCCCGUUUCAAGAAGUUGGCCGACCUGUACGGAGGCGGCCAGGAGGACUGA